ACGGAAGCUUCUGUCAUCAUUGGAGUCAAGCAAGUACCCAUCGAUGCCCUGAUUCCCAACAAAACCUAUUGCUUUUUCUCGCAUACCAUCAAAGCGCAGGAAGCGAACAUGCCCUUGUUGGACGCACUGCUGGAAAAGAACAUUAGGUUGAUCGACUACGAAAGGAUGGUGAAUGAUGAAGGUCAAAGAGUUGUUGCGUUUGGGAUUUAUGCCGGUGUAGCAGGGAUGAUCAACAUUCUGCACGGACUGGGACUGAGAUUGCUUGCACUUGGCCAUCAUACUCCUUUUAUGAUUGCCCCUUACACCUCUGUGCUGAUCAACGGGAUUUACUGGGCAGUGGAGUCCCCGCGGUUGUUGACCAUCCCGGACGCCAAGCAACUCAGCGAGCCCGUCGUGGCGCCGUGGCUCGCGGCGUCCCCGGGGGCGCCGACGUUACCCCACCGCCUGGUCGCCAUCUGCGACAUCUCCGCGGAUCCCGGCGGCUCCAUCGAGUUCAUGACGGACUGCACCACGAUCGACAACCCGUUUUGCAUCUACGACCCCAGUCACCACACGACGCACUUCGACAGCUUCAAGGGCCCGGGUUUCCUCGUGUGUUCCAUCGACAACAUGCCGACGCAGUUGCCCCGAGAAGCCACGGACUUUUUCGGCGAGCUCUUGUUGCCGCACAUGUACAGCAUUUUGCAGUCGGAUGCCCGGAAGAGCAUGAAUGACACGCAUUUCUCGCCGGAAGUCACCUCUGCUGUGAUCACAAGCAAUGGGGAGCUAACCCCUGGAUACCAAUACAUUACUUCCCUGAGACAGAACAUAGCCCUGAAAUCAAGACAGAAGGUCAGUGGUGUGUCAAUGGCAGAACCAAGACACAAGGUGUUGCUGCUUGGGGCAGGGUAUGUCAGUGGCCCAGUUGUGGAAUACCUGACAAGGGACAGAGGAGUCAAAGUCACAGUUGAUGACAAAGGACAGAGUCAGUUUGCUCAGCGCAAGUUUGUCUGUGCCCAAAUGGGGAAAAGUGAAGACACCUUUUUUGAGAAUGUCAAGAGGGACUUGGAAAAUGUGGUGGGUUCAGCCACAGCUGUGGAUGCCCUGGAACAACUUGGACUUCUUUCUGAUGACCCUGUUGUAAAAUUUGACACUCCUUUGGACACGCUUUCAAAUUAUUUGUCCAAGAGACUGAGACUG